UCAGUCGGAUAACCCUGCUACUACUAACAUGGUAUAAUCGAACCGUAGCCUAUUGAAUGGGAGUGUAGACUGGACUCUUCUCGUAUUAUGAAACGGUUCUGCUGAAGUUUGGUGGGUUGGUUUGUUAAACACGGACCAUGUCGGGAGUUGUGCGGAGCCUGAGCCGCUGCCUGCUGCCGGCCGAGGCCACCCGAGAGGCGGGCGGCAGCAAGGACAGGAUCCGGGAAAGGGACGCGGUGCAGGAGCGAGAGGCUCGGCGGAGGAGCCGGGAGAUUGAUGCCAUGCUUGCACGAGAGAGGCGUGCUGUGAGGCGGCUCGUGAAGAUCCUUCUCCUCGGUGCUGGAGAGAGCGGCAAAUCGACCUUCCUCAAACAGAUGAGGAUUAUUAAUGGGAAAGAGUUCGACAAGAAAGCUCUACUCGACUUCCGGGACACAAUCUUUGAGAAUAUCAUAAAGGGGAUGCGUGUAUUGGUAGAUGCACGGGACAAGCUGGGGAUUCCGUGGCAGAACUCUGAAAACGAGAAGCACGGCAUGUUUGUGAUGUCAUUUGAGGGGCGUGGUGGAGUGGCGGUAGAACCAAUGGAAUUCCAGCUUUAUGGUCUGGCGCUGGACGCUCUGUGGAGGGAUUCUGGAAUACAGGACGCCUACGCACGACGCAGUGAGUUUCAACUG